UAUAGAUAGGCUAAGCGUUAACAAAUCAAUUGCGUAUGGCUGACUUGGAAAAUAACACACGCCUAAAAAGAAGCUUAAUGCUUUCUGAGUAAUUGAAACCCUCAGGUCUGACAAGGGCAAAAUGACAUUUAGUGCAUUACGAUCGUUACAACUCUCACGGCGAUCGCUCUUUCUAAAUUGUUCUCGCUCUCAUUCAACCAAUACCUUUCCACUCACCGUACGAUCCUUACUAGAUAACAAUGUCGAAGCAGGAAGCGAUGUAACCGUUAAAGGCUGGGUGCGAUCUGUUCGUAAACAAAAGCAGAUCUCGUUCGCCAACAUUAAUGACGGAACAAGUGUCAGGGGUCUGCAGGCGAUCUUGAGCUCAGAACAAGCUGAAAGGUUGAGCACCGGAUCUUGUGUGGAGUUACAAGGUACUUUGGUUAAAAGUCCCGGCAAGGAACAAGGCAAAGAACUGCAAGUCAGCAGUAUGGAUAUACUCGGAGAGUGUGAUAGUACGUUCCCAAUGCAAAAGAAGAGACAUACUUUCGAAUAUCUACGAACCAUAAACCAUCUGCGUGCUCGAGGCAACGCUGGCAGUGCAUCAUUACGGGUUCGCCAUGCAGCACGACAAGGACUUCAGGACUAUUUUGCGAAACAUGAAUUCACCCAAGUCGAUACACCUAUCCUGACAUCACACGAUUGCGAAGGGGGUGGCGAAGUGUUCAAAGUGACGCCCGGAUCAGCAGCAUCCGGUAACGCGGAAUUCUUCAACAAGCCUGCGUUCCUGACUGUGUCCGGUCAGCUACACGCGGAGAUGUUUGCUUCAGCAUUAUCCAGAGUAUACACAUUUGGCCCAGUGUUUCGUGCCGAGGAAUCAUUGACAUCGCGUCACUUGGCCGAGUUUUGGAUGUUAGAAGCCGAAGUAGCCUUCAUCGAUCUCGAACAACUGCUGGAUAUCACAGAAGGCAGCAUCAAACACGCCACGCGCCAUGUCCUCGACACCUGCCCCGAAGAGAUGGAGUUCUUUGACAAAUGGGUGGCUAAAAAGGAUGUGAAAGGAAAACCCGCCCUGCUCAAGCGGCUUCGCAACAGUCUUGACAAACCUUUUGCAAGGAUUGACUACAAAGAAGCCGUUCAACUCUUACAAGGAGCCAACAAGAAGUUUGAGUUUCCAACGACGUGGGGAAGCAGCUUGCAAUCAGAACACGAACGUUAUCUGGCAUCUGAGGAGUGCAAAGACCGACCGGUGUUUGUAAAGAACUACCCAAGCGACCAAAAACCAUUCUAUAUGCUCGAAAAUGACGGAAAACAGAAGAAUAACACUUAUGUCGAUGAGCACGGAUCAACAGUCGCCUGCUUCGACUUGCUAUUACCGGGUAUUGGCGAGCUCGUGGGUGGAUCCAUGCGUGAAGAUCGAGAAGAUGUGCUGGAAAGCAAGAUGAAAGCUGCUGGUAUGGACACCGAGGAAUACGGAUGGUAUCUGGAACUUCGUAAAUACGGAAGUGCACCGCAUGGAGGUUAUGGAAUCGGAUUCGAACGAUUUAUGUUGUGGUUGACAGGAUUUGAGAACGUUAGAGAGGUUGUACCUGUGCCUCGUUGGGUGGGCCACUGCAAAUACUAGAAAAAAAAAGUUGAUAGAUUUAUUGUAAAAUGCCAAUUUUAAUACAUUGAAGGAUUAUAGACCUUAAGCAUAAUACUUCAUAGCUUGGC